UUUCCCAAAGUUGGACCAGAUCGAACAAGUUUCUUGAAACAUCAACUGAACCUCUUUCUGACUACCACCAUCAUCAAACCACCAACCAAAAUGAAAUCAACUACCACCCUUCUUAACGCGCUCAGCGCCCUCGCCGUCUCUCCCGUCCUCGCUGACUUCGACGGCUUCUUCCGCUUCAUCGGCGGCAACUCUGUCAUCUCCGGCCAGCGUUUGCGCCUAAACAACUCGAUCCCCUGGAUCUCCCCCGGCGUCUCGCACGCCCCUUAUAACCCUGCCGACCACUUCUCGCGCAUCUACAUCAACGACACUACCCCCUCUCUCCUCUACGUCGUUCCCACCAACCCUCACCCUCCUCCAGUGCCCGGCUACUACGCCCUUUCCGGCACCGAGGGCGUGCCAGACGCGUACAGGCUGGUGCAGACGUACAGACCUGAUGAGGAAGGAACCGUGUAUUUGUACAAGGAUUGGAAGGUCAAGAAGGUUUGUAACCAGGCAAAGAAUGAAACGAGGCUUCUACUGAGAUAUGGCAAUGAUUUGUACAACGAGUGGAGGUGGAUUGCGGUUAGGGAGGUUGGGUUUACCGGGGCCGAGAGGUGGGUGCCUUGGUGGGUGAAGCACAGUGACGCCAAUGUUGGUAACUUGACGACGUGGGAUUAUGACAUUGCGGAUUUGGAGCUUGUGGAAGCUGAGGGGCCCGUCAACUCGAAUGCGCCAGGGGGUGUCCAGGAGAAUUAAGGGGUGCCGUGGGCUUGGACUUGGGGAGUUGUGCAGGAGGGUCGACGAGACCUCCUAGGGGAGGGAAAAAGAAAGGAAGGAAUAGGCC